AUGUCACCCUCAUCUCCCACUCAGAAUCGAUCGAGUACCAAUCAGUCGCCCAACCCAAACAACAAUCAACCGAUUCGCAGGAAGCUGGUCAUCAUCGGCGAUGGCGCCUGCGGUAAAACUAGUCUGCUCAGCGUCUUUGCCAUGGGUGAAUUCCCUGAGGAUUACGAACCAACGAUCUUCGAAAAUUAUGUGGCUGAGAUCAGAUUGGAUAGUAAACCGAUCCAACUAGCACUAUGGGAUACUGCUGGUCAGGAGGAGUACGAGAGACUUCGACCGCUCUCCUAUUCAAAAUCACAUGUCAUCCUCAUCGCCUUCGCCAUCGAUACUCCAGACUCACUCGAGAACGUAACCGUCAAGUGGAUCGAGGAGGUUCGCUCGAUCUGUGGUCCCACCAUCCCCGUCAUCCUCGUCGGUUGUAAGAAGGAUCUAAGGGAUGCCGAUGCUGGAAUGAAUCCAUCCCUAUUUGUCCAACGCCAAGAGGCAGAGCAGGUAGCCAAUUCGAUUAACGCGAGAUGCUAUAUGGAAUGUUCAGCACUCAAGAACGAAGGCGUGGAUUCGAUAUUCGAAUCGGCCACCCGCGCCGCCAUGCUAGUCCGUCAGCCGGCUCAUUCCAGCUCGAAUCCCACUGCUCAUCCUAACUCAUCCGGAAACGAUGAAAAGAAUGGGUGA